CUCAACUCUAGGUUUAGGAAAUUACCCCAGCUGAAGAGGCAGGUCACUGGUCCUGCUUAUAAAUUGACUAGAAUGCAGGUCUCUCGCGCUUUCACCGCAGCGAGGCCGGUGCGCACAGCAGCCGCGCCGGUGCCCAUGCAACGCGCUUCCGUGAUCGUUCAAUUCAAGCGCACAAAAAUGGCUGACUUUAAUGGCCUGUCGAACGAGGAGCUCCUGUACAAGUCGGUUACUCUUAAGCGCGAGCUGGCGAGCGUGAAGUGGCUGCAGAGAACUCGUGGUAUUGUUGAGAUGAAGCCAGGCGACGUCAACCAGCCGCAGCCGGACCCCGAGAAGGUCCCUAAGGGCCACCUCAACAAGCACCUGCGUCGUCAAAUUGCGCAGUGCCUUACCCUUCUUCGGGAGCGGCAAAUUGCAGAUGGCGUGACGCGCAGGGAGGCGCUGAGAAUGGAGAGGGCGGCAGCCCUGGCUAACGGCAACCUCUAGUAGAGCGCCCCUGCUAAGCCGGCGAAGUCCGCGAAGCAUUGACGGUUUCUUAAGCGUAGGACCUGAUGCUUAUACGGUUGAUCCUACUGGCAGCGUUUUUUGUCGUGAGCUGCUUAGGCAUGGCUUUAGUUGUGGUUGGCUUGUCAGGGAGUUCUGCGAACGAUGGCGGGGAUCCCCCUUGGCUUUAGGCAGGUACUUACUGGAUUGGGUAGGGAUCGGCUUGAAUGGAAUGUUCGGAGGUUGAUGUAUGUGUUCUGAACAGACGUGGCCCUUGUCACCUCAUGCUGUAAGUUUUUGGACGUGCAACGUCGGUGAAAUAGGAGUACGAGCUACCGCUCCCCAAUUGAAGCUCAGUUGAGCCGCGGAGACCCGGGAGUGCUUUGGCACCAUGUGUUCUCGGUUACUAAUGUAGCACAAUGUCCACAGAACGAUACAUCCUCCUC